GUCAGUUCGUGCAACAGGUUUACUGUUCAGAGAUGUAUGGUAGCGGUGGAUUAAGUCCAGAACCUAGACCACAGUUGGUCCCUAGUCCUAGCCACGGAGCUUCUGACGUCGGCAGUCCUCCAUCCUUAGAACAUUAUUGUAUGUCCGACCUGGAUGUCUGGCUAAGAGACGGGGAAGUCCCGAAACAAGAGCCCAAGAAAACAAAAUUCAAUACAAAGCAGUGCUCAGACACGAAUAAUAUGCUGGAACCCAGGCUUCCCUCAUAUGGCAGCCCCCUUGCAGGCUCUAAUGUUGAGGGACCUACGAAACAAAAUAGAACGGCUUCUUCAUGUCAGUGGUCAGUUAACGUAAGCAUACCUUCUCCAGCCACUUCGUUCAGUUCCGUUUCUGCCGAGAGCCCAACACUUUAUGAAUCAUCGGCACCAUCAUCCAUUCAAACGAAAGAUCCAACCAACCUACAGAUUCCACCCAUUUCUCCAGGACAAAUCAAACGUGAACUACCAGACUUCGAGUCUUAUGGAGUGAAGGCUGAAGACGAGAUCGCCAGUUCCUGUCAGUUAUCCCAAGAGAAGAUUCAACAAGUCCACUCUUUAGCUAUGGAACAGGUCUCUCGUGACAUAGAUCUUGCCUGUAAAGCGCUCGGCAUAUCACGUGAUCCCAUGAAAUGGUCAGCUGAAAACGUCCGAGCAUGGUUUUUAUGGACUUUAAAACAAUAUAAUCUUCCUGCUGAUCUAAUUGGCUAUUUCAAAAUGAACGGAUCUUUGCUAUGCGCCCUGACAGAGGGGGACUUCCGUCGUAGGGCACAACAAGGUGGAGACAUUCUCUAUGCUCAGUUAGACAUAUGGAAAAUAGCGGCCAACAUGAGGAAAAACGGACAGAAUUCUAGUAUGUCGCCAUUAAGAGCAGAAGAGAGUUUUCUGGACAUCAACGGUCUUCUGAACUUGUGGUCAACAAGUUCGAUCUCGACAGCUAGUUCAGCGUCCACUCGUGCCAACUUUAUCAGCACUAUGGUGGACAGAACACAGAGCCGAUCUGCUCCAGCUGGAUCUGGAGCUAGGAAACAUAGAACUAGCGGUGCUGAUAGUACUAUUAAUAUGGCAACAGAAAGACUUCCAGUUCUUGUGAAUAACAACUAUGCUAACGACGGUUUGGAGAGCGAAGGUGAGAUUAGUGAGGGCAAUUGUGACGUAGAUCACAGUGGUAGAAUGACUAAACCUGGGUCACAUAUUCACUUGUGGCAGUUCCUAAAAGAUCUUUUGAGUCAGCCCCAAAUUUACGGGAGUUGUAUCCGCUGGAUGGAUCGUACCAAAAGCGUUUUCAAAAUAGAAGAUUCGGUUCGAGUUGCCCGCCUCUGGGGUAAGCGGAAGAACAGACCGGCCAUGAAUUACGACAAGUUAAGCCGUUCUAUACGUCAGUACUACAAAAAAGGUAUAAUGAAAAAAACUGAGCGUUCACAACGGCUGGUAUACCAAUUUUGUCAUCCAUACGGGCUGUGAACUAAGCCUAAUGGCGGAAGGAUAAAGCCUCGAGUGUAGUAGCAUUUCGAGCUUGUCAUCUGUUCAAUAGUCGUCGAUCAUGUUCAGUUAAGAGUGGUAUUGUACUUACCUAGCUGGUCUAUGGAUUGUAAUAUUAUCCUUUUUUUUUACAUAUUUCAUAUAUUAUUGUUUAUUGUAUGUAUAUAAUUAACAUAACUGACCGUAUGGGCUGGCCCCAUAAACAAGAAUGCAUGUACUCUUUUAAGUGUUAGUGUGUAAGCACGCACACACACAUUUCACUUGACAUGAAACUGAAGAGGCUUACAGCAGUCAUUAGCCAUGAAGGUAUAAUUUUUGGCUAGUUGACAAAACUAGAAAAUCCUGCUCAUUAGUCUUGAUUCUAAAGUUUAAAAUGAUUUGUAAUAAAUAAUUGAUAAUUUAUUUAUACAUAACUGCAAAAAAAAAAAAGACAUUCGGUUUCUAACUAAUAUGCAUAAGCCUUAUCAGAAAAUGUGUUCUUUGUUUAGAUGGUGAUUUUACCAGGAAGUUGGUUUUGCGUAAUCACAGCUUUUUUCAGUGACUAUGAUGACCCUUUGUUGAACCCAACAGAUAUUGUUGGGAUCCUAGGCGGUUUGACGUCACUGGUGAAGUUUUUCCCGUAUAUCAAUGAUAUAUAUAUAGCGGUAUGUUCUAAGAACAGACUGUAUUAGAGUUGUUCUUGUGUGAAUCAGUUGCGGUUCUGGAGCGUAAUGUUUAACUUUGCUGUUAUUUAAGCUUACAAUAAUGCUUACAGGCUUCACGAACGCAACGUUUUUACUACUCUGCAACGUAAGGCGGAGGUAAAAAGUAUUUUUCCAAGUCUGGCAUUUUUUUCUUUGAUUCUGACACAUUUCAUUCCUUUGACAGUGGAAAACACAUUUCGAAGGAGGUGAUGACGACUAUUAUAUUGAUGUAACCCUUCUAGAUGAAGGAACAAAAUUACUACAAUGAUCAGCACAUAUAUCGACAUGUGUGCUAUUACUUGUACAGCUUGGUUUGGGGAUACUUUAUGGUUCUGGUUUUGUUUAUUACUGGGUUACAUAUCUGAUGUCCAACACAAAGGACUUUUUGUUGAAUGUUAUUAUACUAAAUCGUUAGACUUCUGGUUAUUAGGAAUAAAUUAUAUGGAUAACAUACUAUAAUGUUAGACUAGUGUUUGAAACAUCUUAAAACCUUUCCGUGAAUAACUGUACAUUUGUUGAAGAAAAGAAAGGAAUAAAUUGGUAUUUACCCAUAGAGACACUUAUUUUUCUUGAUAAAAAGGUAUAUAUUUUCUGUAUUUAUUCAAUAUGAUUAUUAUUGUGGUUUUGAUUUCUAUUGAUACUGCUCCUUUGUAGUUCAGUGGUAAACUUGAGGACUUUCAACGCUAAAAUUAGGGGUUCUUGCCCUGCAGUGAUCACUACGCAGAUAGCUCAAUGUGUAGCUUUGCGCUGAACAACUAACUAUUGAUACGCGGUUCAUACACCGAAAAUGGACGAAGCAUUAGAAACCAAAAGGCCUAAAAUGUGUACAAAAAAAUCACGUAAACAAUAGUUUUUUCACAUUCCUCCUCUAUUGUAGGAUAUGGCGAAGUUAAGCUAAAAGAAAAAACAAAAAACAUCUGCAGUUUACGUGAUUUUUAUUAAAACUUUUGGGCCUAUUGAUACAUGUUCCGGUACUCGGGUGUUGUUCUCUUACGUUUUAAUUUUUUGUGGGUCUUAAACUAGUAACUUCUGUUCAUAAACUGGCAUGGGUAAUUUUCUCAUGAUUGUGAUAUCUGUGUUAUAAUUAUAAAAUACAUUUUUUGAGGCCUAAGCCCAGAGAAGAGCAUGUAAUAAUUGCUAUAAAAAUGUUACAUUUGUUAAAGCUGUAUUGAUGGCAAAUUAAAGCCCGCAUCUUUAACUUAACACUUAUCGUGGGAUUGAAAAGUAAUAGGUGUUUUUAUAUUCUCUCCUAUUUGUAGAAGUUUUCAUAAAAUUUCCCUUCUUACUAUUGUUAAUAAAAGAAAACUUUUAUCUAAAUGCAUUACAACACAAACCCUUAUUUAUGUUGGUUUUGGGUUUCAAAUUGAAAAACUGUUUAUUUUGUAAUACUCACCAUCGAUAAUCAAUUUUCUGUUUAAAUAAUUGCUAAUAUAAAUCAUUUAAAAAUUUGAUUUCUAAUACGAUUUUUUUUUCUGUGUAAAGCUACACGAGCCAUCAGCGCUGUGUCCUCGGCUGAGAAUCGAACCAAGGAUUAGCACAUCUGGUGGACAUAAAAAAUUAACCCGUAAUUAACCUAAUUCGAUGUAAUAAAACUAAUUUUAGCGAUUAGAUAAAUGUUUUUGUUUUCAAGUAUAAAAUUCAAACUGACAUUCCGAAUUAACACGAUAAUUUCCCUGUUAAAUAUAUUAAUUAUACCGUAAUAAUGUUGUACGUACAUUUGAUGUGUACGAAUAUAGUGACAGUUGUACUUCAUUCUCUUGUAAAGAAUGUGUAUAUAAGAAAGAUGUUCGGAAGAAGUAAGUGCACGAAAAGAAAAUAAUUAAUCAUAUACGAGUAUGAAACGUUUUUAGAAGAUUUGAAACGACACAUACCAGAAGUGUAAAUACUGUAGAAUUCUUGUCGCUGAGAUCAGGCCAGGCUAGUUUUUAAAAUGGCGGCUUAUCAACUUGGCAUGAUGCCAAGUUUAUAGACGUGUGUUGAAAGCAGUGUUAUUUUUCUUUUUUUGUGUGUACGUGCAUUUCAAGGCCUAUACUUGUAUUCUACACCAGCGUUAGAUAAAUGCAGACAAACGCAAACCUGCAAAUGUUUACCUUAUUUUAAA